ACUCGCAGCAGCGCGCAACGGAAACGGAAAGCGAUAACCAACCAAACCGGCCACCAUAAAGGAAGGAGAGCCCGAGACGACGGGCGCAACCGCGCACUCGUUCGCAGCCGAGCGCCCGAGCAAGCAAACCACGCAGCUGCGAGCGACAGUUCCAUACGACGCCGCGUGGGCGCGCGGCACCACUUCCGCACCCAGCUCGGCACAGCUCCCAGCAGAGUGAACACCCCGCCGAAAUCAAACACUCGCCGGCUGGGGCCGAUCGAUUUCGAGUGGGAUCGACGAUUCACCGAUGCCCAGCCAUGAGGCGUGCUGCGGCACCAUGUUCUGGGUGUACCUCAUGUCCUGCGUCGGGCUCGUCAUGUUCGCCGGCCUCAUGUCGGGCCUCACCCUCGGCCUCAUGUCGCUCAGCCUCGUCGACCUCGAGGUCCUCGCCAAGGCCGGCACGCCCAAGGACAAGCGCAACGCCGCAAGGAUCCUGCCGGUCGUGAGGAACCAGCACCUGCUGCUCUGCACGCUCCUCAUCGGCAACUCGCUCGCCAUGGAGGCGCUGCCGAUAUUCCUGAACACGCUCGUGCCGCCCUACAUCGCCAUCCUCAUCUCCGUCACGCUCAUCCUUGCGUUUGGCGAGAUCAUGCCGCAAGCCAUCUGCACGCGCUACGGGCUCAGCGUGGGGGCCAAGGCGGCGCCCGCGGUCCGGAUACUGCUCAUCGUCUUCUUCCCCGUCGCCUACCCGAUCAGUAAGUUGUUGGACUGGCUACUGGGAAAGGGCCAUUUUGCACUAAUGAGGAGAGCUGAGCUAAAGACGUUAGUUGAUAUGCACGGCAACGAGGCUGGAAAAGGUGGAGAGCUAACUCAUGAUGAAACUACCAUCAUUACAGGAGCUUUGGAGCUGACUCAAAAGAUUGCAAAAGAUGCCAUGACUCCUAUAUCUGAAACAUUCUCACUUGACAUAAAUGCUAAGUUGGACCUGCAUACGAUGGGUAUGAUAAUGACUAGAGGGCACAGUCGUGUACCUAUUUACUCCGGGAGUCCGAAAAACAUUAUUGGCCUUAUAUUGGUCAAAAACUUGAUUACUUGCCGAACUGAGGAUGAAGUGCCCAUUCGAAAUGUUACCAUCAGAAAAAUUCCAAGGGUGGCUGAUGAUCUUCCUCUCUAUGACAUCCUAAAUGAGUUCCAGAAAGGUCACAGCCAUAUGGCUGUGGUAGUUAAACGCACAAAGGAAUCAGAAACAUCCACUGAAAAGCAAAAGAGUGCUACACACCUCAAAGAUGCUCAUGCUGAUGGUUCAUCCCCCUCGCAUGUUGGCACAGCCGGAGGUCGUAGAAAUAACAUUGAAAAAUACGGAGAUGGGCGCUCAUAUAAUAAGAAAUCAGAAAGGAAGCGUGGAAAUAUUCUUGAUUUUAACACCGAUCCACUUCCAAGCUAUUCAAUGGAUGAGGAAGCAGUGGGAAUAAUCACGAUGGAAGAUGUCAUGGAAGAACUGCUACAGGAAGAAAUAUUCGAUGAAACAGAUGAGUACGUCGAUGUACAUAAUAAGAUCAGAAUAAACAUGUUACCUCAUGGCAAAUCAUUGUCACCUGUUAUAUCUCCUGUUGGAGGACCCCUAUCUCAGGGACUUCGGAAAACCCCUACGGCAUCUCCACUGUCACCAUACCACCAUACUAGUUCUGUCUUACGUUCCCCUGUUUCCAACCACGCUCAGUUACCUGGGACUUUACCUACAAUAGUUUCUCCUGGAGGAUCACCUGUUUCACAAACACCCGUGCACAUUUCACCAAGUUCAAAUCAGGUUUCAAGAAAUUUUGACGAAAAACAUGAAAAGGACAGCGAGAGCUAAGAGUUUAGAGGCCAUUUAUUCCCUAUUAAGGCCUCAUCUCAAGAUGGCGUAAUCGGAUUAUGGCGUUGCUAGUUUAGGAUUAAGCUGUGAAGAUAAUAGCGCAGCUCUCUUGUAUGAUUAUUGGUCAUUAUUUAUUGAUUAGUUGCUUGUACAUAUAUGCUUUAGAAUGUGAUCCUCAGCAUGGCCCAACUGUCACUAUCUAUUGUAGCAUAUGUAGGUGUCUUUUUAAGGACUUUUUUGUCAACUUGUAUCUACCAUUGCCGAAGAAAGGCUGAAGAGAAAAAGCAAAGCAUCGCACUGCAUAUAUUUAAGCAACAACCAGCUGAUUUGAUUCCUUU